AUGGUCGUCCUCGCGGCUUCAAUCUGCACCCGCGGCGGCAAGGCUGUCCUCUCGCGACAAUUCAGAGAGAUUGCCCGGUCCAGAAUCGAAGCUCUGCUUGCCUCUUUCCCUAAGCUCGCCGACUCUGGGACGCAGCACACAACAGUCGAGCAGGACAAUGUGCGCUUUGUCUACCAGCCGUUGGACGAGCUAUACAUGGUGCUCAUCACCAACCGCCAAUCGAACAUUCUCCAGGAUAUAGACAGUCUACACCUUUUCGCCCAGGUGACUACGAGCAUCUGCAAGAGCCUGGAUGAGCGAGAGAUCUUGCGAAAUGCGUUCGAACUCCUCAGUGCAUACGAUGAGCUGGUCACCUUAGGGUACCGAGAGAACCUGUCUCUCAGCCAGAUCAAGACAUUCUUGGAGAUGGAGAGUCAUGAGGAGAGAAUCCAGGAGAUUAUCGAGAGGAACAAGGAACUCGAGGCAAGCGAGGAACGAAAGCGAAAGGCGAAACAGCUGGAGCUCCAGCGCAGAGAGGCUGCCCGCGCCGGCCGUGGCAUCGCUCCCCGAACGCCCACAUACCCUGUAUACACACCUCCUUCCCGCCCGUCGGUUCCGGAAACUUACGACACAUACGAAGCAGAGAAGAAGAAAUCGUUUGCCAAGCCACUCCCGACUCGUGGGAAAGGAAUGCAACUUGGCAAGAAAUCCAAGUCUACUGAUAUCUAUGAGAAAGUUCGCGGAGAUUUGGGCCCCGAAGCUGAAGAAUCCGCUCCUCUUGUCACUCCACAGGCGGCUACUCCCGACAAGUCGCCAUCUGCUCGUCCUUCCGUGUCCGCCGACCGAGAAGCUGUUCACGUAACGGUUGCCGAGACCAUAUCCGCCAGAUUGACCCGGGAGGGUGCUUUGAAGUCCUUCGAAGUGAAGGGUGACCUCCAGCUUCGCAUCUCCGACCCCUCUUUCACGAAGAUCAAGCUGGAUUUGAUUGCAAACCCAACACAUGGUGCACAGUUCCGUACUCAUCCCAAUGUGGAUAAAAACCUUUUCACCAGUUCGAACGUCAUCCAGCUCAAGGACACGUCCAAACGUUUCCCUGCCAACAACUCCAUUGGUGUUCUGAGAUGGCGUGUUGCCAGCACGGGUUCUGAAAAUGCAGAUAUCCUGCCAAUCACAUUCACCGUGUGGGUCAACAAGGGCUCAGAUUCGACUACUGUUACUGUUGAGUACGAGUUCACGGGCUCGGACAGUUUGCGUGAUGUGACUGUCACUAUUCCUUAUGGUACCACGGAGCCAACUGUCUCCAGCUUCGAUGCAGUGUACGAAGUAUCAGGCGACAGCAUUGACUGGAACAUCGGCACUGUCGAUUCAACCAACGCUUCAGGCAGUUUUGAGUUCGAGUCCGUGGGCGGUGACGGUGACGAGAAUGAGUUCUUCCCCAUGAGCGUCCGUUUCUCCAAGACAAACCCUUUUGUUGAGGUUGAUAUCUCUAAUGUCUCUCUCCUGGAGAUGGACGAGAACGUCGGCUUCUCUAAGGAAGUGAAGAGCGUCGCCGAAGGAUAUGUGAUAGAGUGA